UCGCUCCCCUCCCUGCACAAUGCUGGCUCUGCUGUGUCUGUGCCUGAUCCUGGGCUCCUCAGUGGCCUCUAGUGUACAGUCUCGUCUUUCUUCCUUUGUGGGGGAGUACGGUGCAGGAGGGGGCACUGCCUUCUCAUUCUCCUCGGAGCAGCUGAAUGGACCAAUAACAGGUCUGCGAGUGCGGGAGAAUCCAAGUCAUGUCAUUGGGCUCCAGUUCCAGUAUGGUGGCACCUGGGGACCUUACUACGGGAAUCCAUCAGGGACCCUCCUUGAGAUCUUACUGCAUCGGGGCGAGAACAUCACCCAAGUGUCGGGGAAGGUGGCCUCCUAUGUCAAUGAGCUGAUCUUUGUGACAAGCCGCGGGAGAAUAUUUCGAUUCGGACAACCCUCCGGUAACAGCUUCAACGAUUUCCCCCUGUAUGACGGCACCGUCCUCCGCUACGUGAGUGGUCGGUAUUCAUCCGUCAUACACAGCAUUGGUUUCCAUUGGGGGGUCAACCCAAAUUGUAUCUAUUGCAAAGAGUCUAAGUAGUAGGACCCUCGAUAGCAGUUGA